AUGGUUUCCAAAAGCAAAAGGGUGAGGGAUGUAGCAUUCUCCUCCACCAUCUUGCUGUUACUGUUGGUUGGCUUUGCAAACUCAGAUUUAGCCAAAGACAGAGAAGAGUGUGCAGACAAACUAAUGGAGCUGGCUAGCUGUGUUCCUUACGUUGGUGGUGAGGCCAAAACCCCAACCAUAGACUGCUGCAGUGGCCUCAAAGUGGUCCUUGACAAGAGCAAGAAAUGCAUCUGCAUCCUCAUCAAAGAUCGAGAUGACCCCAAUCUUGGCAUCAAGAUCAACGCCACUCUGGCUAUUCAACUGCCUUCUGCUUGCAACGCACCUGCUAAUAUAUCUAAUUGUGUAGAUCUUUUGCAUUUAGCACCUAACUCUCCUGAUGCUAAGGUGUUUGAGGGAUUCCAAAAAUCAGCCAAAACAAACACUUCCACCCCAGUUUCCAGUGCUCCAGGUGGUGCUGAGAAGGGAUCAAGUUCAAGCUCUAGUGGUGAGGAAAAGAGUGGUGUGUCCGCAAAGAGGUGGCCGGUGGCACACCUGCUUUCCUCUGUCCUACCACUUCUUUUCAUUCUUGUUUGA